GGAGGUUAGGACUGAACCUGUUUUCAGGCGUUACUUUGAGGCAUAAGGUUAUUUUAUGAGGAUUUUUGGGAUAUACCACAUUGUUUAUGGCGUUACGAUAUGAAUCUACUUUUCAGAUAGAACGUGGAUGCCCCCAAGUCUACUACCAUAGACACGCGGGGAAUGGUACAGACACUUGUGAAAGCAUCAGUACCCACUUUUACUGCUUGGAGGAGAUUGACCUGGUAUUGGUUGACAGCAUACAGUCUGCUGAGCGCUGACGAAGACUGGUUUGAAGAGCCCAUGGAGAAGAUAACACCAAGGAGAACUCUAAAAGUCGGGUUAGUAUUGCAGACGCAUACAUCCAAAUUUCCUGUGCUCACCUUUGGAGUCUAUCACUCGUACCCUCCGACCCCGGUACCCAUGUCAAGGCAGCGCUUGCUCCUGUCUUCACCCGCUUGUCCAGUGGCAUCGGUUCCGCUCCAUGUUGUAUCCUCCACUCUGGAAUCUGCGCUGGAUGGGCGCCGGGAUAUGAUAUUGCUGCAUAUGCCUCAGCACGGUCAAAAUGGCCAUGGUCUGCAAAGUGUCUCAUUGAAAGGUAGUAUUAUUCUGUUGUUCUUCGAGGUUUAACCAACGGGUGUUUGGAUUGCAUGAAGUCUUUAACUGUCGAACCGGCGUGGGAAAGCGUAUGCAUACACCUCCGAUCGAGCGGUCCCUCGAGCUCAGCUGCAGCUGCAGUGGUGAACAAUCAUUGUGC